AUUAGUGAAACUGAAAGACGGUGAAAAGGGAAAACCGGAAAAUUGAAAGGAUUAGCAGCGAAGAAAGAGAAAAUGUUGGGACUCAACAUCCUCUCUCCCCGACUCGCUACCCCAAAUCCUCUCCGCUCUUACAAAUCCUCAGCUACUCCUCCUUUUGGUUCCAAAAUCCAGCACUUAUCCUUCUGCACCAAAAUCAAUAAACCUGCUGUCAAGUGUCGCCAUUCUGACUACUACGACCAAGAACAGCAGUUCUCCUCCACCUUGCGCCCGCGCCCCACUUCGGCCGAGGCUUCCCGUCCACAGUCGAACUCAGGAGUGGGUGGGCUGCCGUCUAAGGUUUUUGUGGGUCACUCCAUAUACAAAGGGAAGGCUGCUCUUACUGUGGAGCCAAAGGCGCCUGAGUUCCUGGCUUUAGAUUCAGGUGUAUUUAAGUUAUCUAGAGAUGGUUAUGUAUUGCUACAGUUCGCUCCAGCAGCAGGUGUUCGUACAUACGAUUGGGGCAGAAAACAGAUAUUCUCACUGUCCGUGAUGGAAAUCGGAACUCUAAUAGCUCUUGGUGCAAGAGAGUCAUGUGAAUUCUUUCACGAUCCGAAUAAGGGGAAAAGUGAAGAAGGAAAGGUCAGGAAGGUGUUGAAGGUAGAGCCACUUCCAGAUGGCUCUGGCCACUUCUUCAACCUCAGUGUUCAGAACAAACUUUUGAAUGUAGAUGAGAGCAUUUAUAUUCCUGUUACCAGAGCAGAGUUUGCAGUCCUCAUCUCGGCUUUCAAUUUUAUCUUGCCAUACAUUAUGGGCUGGCAUGCAUUUGCAAGUUCCAUAAAAGUAGAAGAUUCCAGCCGCUUAAAUAAUGCCAAUCCCAAGUAUGGAGGAGACUAUGAAUGGAGCAAGUAGAGGCACUACUUGGUGCAAAUGAUGGGCUUUUGAUCUUUGCAGCUUUUCAAAUUGUAGCAGAACCAGUGCCUUUUAUCAGAGAAAUUCACCCGACAAUUUUGGCAAUUUUCUGUGUUUCAUAAUUUUGUUGCUAAAUAGGGAAGACAGAUUGAAGCAAAUGCCCCCUGGUUUGUAGCAUCAUAUUUAUUGAUCAUAUUUGUAUGUUUAAAAGCCGGCACAUACUUGUCUUAGUGGCAGAAAUACUAUUAGUUAUAUCUUUUUGAUUGCUUCUUUAAUUUCUCUUUCUUGACAAAUAAAAUCAGACUUCUGAUGA